CAUAUACGCACCACCAUGUCUUCGGAUGUCACGUCCUUCCAUGAUCUGCCUACGGAGCUCAUUCUAGACAUUUGCGAUUUCCUACCACUGGACGCGUUGCUGGCACUCAAGCUCACAGCCUCACGGCUUAACAGUAUGAUCCGCCUGGACCCACGCCGUUGGCAGCAUGCCCUUUCAUCCUGUGCACGACGUGCAGUACACAGCUAUCUAAACCUGUCACCACCAAAGCCCGAUCAACAGCACUGUCGCCUCUGUAAUUCUGCCUAUCCGAUUGCCAUGUUCAGCUCAUCAACUAGCCCAGCAUGCAUUGCCAUGAAGCUCACCACGACGCCCCAUGACGUGGUCCAGCUGUCAUCUAACGUCUGCUCUUGGCACGUGAGU